AUGUUUCACAGGGACCACUUGUUGACAGGCGCGCCUGUCCAACGUCCCGAACCCCCUAGUGGGCAGCAGUCCUCAGCCAGCCUACCAAGAGGCACAACGAGCCACGCUCCCCGCAGGCAAAGCACGCCUGACACCUGCAUCUACGCAGAACCACUGCCACGUCUUCGCCAGACCACCGUCGCCACAAGGACGUUAACCGCCCAGACGAUGGACGGACAAGGCCAUCCGCCGACUCCCGCCCCGGCGGCACAGGACACCGCAUGGAUGUACUGUGCAGUGGACGAGCUCCUACAGGCGCUCCACGGCGCCGGCCCAAGCCAGCCGCGUCCCAGAGGCAGCCUCGUCGCCCAUAGCGUCGGCCCCUUCCGGCCACGGGUUCUACCCGUCGAGGUCGUCACCAUCGACGACGACAACAUGGAGGAGGCGAACACCGGCAACCACACCGGGCCCCGUCGGCCCGCUACCGAGGGGAUGCCACCAUUGGCGUCCCAGCACACCAGCUCCAUCGGGCCAUCACUGCUCCCUCUGGAAGUCGCCCACCACCGUGGCGAUGACGAGGAGGGAGUGGGCCACAUCGACUACGCCGAACGGCCAUCAUCAUCAAGAGGAAUGCCACCCCUGGUACCCCUGCUCGCCGGCCUCAUUGGGCCUCAACGGGCCCCUCUGGAAGUCAUCCCCCGUGACGAUGACGAGGAGGAGGCCCACCAGAGCGACGACGCUGGACUCCACCCAGCACCCUUAAGGGGCAUGCCGCUCCAGGCACCCCUGCGCACCGGCCACAUAGGGCCGCAGGCACCCCCUCCGGAAGUUGCCCCUACCAACGGCAAUGACGAGGAGGAGGUGCCACCUGACAACCUCACGCCGCCCCAACGACGCGAGGCUCCAUCCGGAGACCCCGCACCCGCCGCCGACGUCGAAGACGCCUGGAACCAAGCCUUCUCCCUGUCAGACGAUUGGUUCAAUUUCGACCGCCUGGUAGAGGACACCCUGGGCGACCUCUUCAGCACCAUCGAGGACCCAGACGAAGCAGCCAUAGGCCUGGACCAAAGGGGCCCACCACACACGGAGCCGCCGGCAACAGGCUCUCUCGGCCCUCUAGGCGCGAGGUACGACCUCGUCACCGAUGACGAGGACGACAGCGUUGGCACCCGUCGGAGCUACAAUCCGACCGGCGAGGGCGAUGACGACAGCGACGCGACCGUCCUGUACAACCCCACCGCGGAGGACAGUCGCGACAUCCGGAGGAGGCGCACCACACCGCCUCACACCAGCACCCGCCGAACCCCGCCAUAUAUGGGUGAAGCCUCAUUGAUUGGGGGGGACACCGGCGACAACACGCCGUCAACCAUCUCGGCCGACGAGGACGAGGUCAGCCGGGAUAGCAGCCAGCUACACGCCUCGCGACCGUCAUCCCCGAGUCAGACUCCGCCCCACGCCACCGGACCCACCGAUGACGAGUCGGCAUCGACCAUCUCAGCCGACGAGGACGAGACCAGCCGGGACAGCGGCAGGGCCCAUGGCUCCAGGUCGCCACCCCCGCGUUGGACUCCGCCCAGCGCCUCUCACGUCGGGGCUCCGUCCCUCCAAGGCUGGGCACCCUUCACCGCCAGCCGUGCCAGAUCCCCUCCGCCCUCCUACGAGGAAAUAUUUGGCCUUGGACCAUACAACGGUCCUCACACCACCGCCCGAUGCGCCGCGGUGACCCCCAGCCGCGAUCCUCGACCACGCCUACCCACCAUUGCGGAGCUGGCCGCAGAGGAGGCACGCCGAAGAGCACAAGACCUCAGCGAGGAACUCGGCAACCCACCGGUUGCCCAACCGCCAACGAAUGGCCCACCAUCACCGACCCCGCGCCGCCGAGCACGACGCCGAAGCGCUCCCUGGGCAGACAGCCCGCCCAGCUCAUCCGACGAAUCAUCGUUGGACACCGGCGAAGAGGCCACCAACCCUCCCCGCUGGGUACCGGCUCCAGCGGAGUGGACCACGCCCAACGGCACAUUGCCAGCCGCCUUGCUCCGCCGGAUUCAAGGGCGGCUGGCGACACCAAGGCGACGGUCGAUCCGGAUCCUGGAGGAGGAGGGAAACCAGCGUUUCCGAGUCCAGGUGAACCGGAGCGGAAGGGUUAUCGUCACUCUUCAGCCCUCCCGAAGAUAG